AUGGUGCCGGAAGUUGAUAUCUACAAAUCUGAGCCCUGGGAACUUGCUGACUAUACUUCAGUGAAAUCAAGAGACCUAGAAUGGUACUUCUUCACUUCUACAGAUAAGAAGUAUGCCAAUAGUUCUCGAGUAAAGCGAUCCACUGAACGCGGAUAUUGGAAAGAAACUGGGAAGAUCCAGGAAAUAAACCAUAAGUCUGAGAAGAUAGGGCAGAAGAAAACCCUAGUUUUCCAUAGUGGCCGAGCCCCUCAUGGCAUACGCACUAAUUGGGUAAUGCACGAAUAUAAACUUUUGGAUCAACAAUUGCAAACAACUGGAGUAGCACAGGAUGCAUUUGUGCUAUGCAGAAUUUUUGAAAAGAGUGGUAUAGGACCACCACUGGGAGAUUGUUAUGGACCGUUUUUCGAAGAAGAAAGGGAAGAAGAGGAAUCCCUCAUUGUUCCCGGUCGAGACACAAUGGAUGAUAUCGCAAAUGAUGAUGAAACUUGCGCCGAAAGAAACAACACUAUGCAGAUGGAUGCUCAAAUGAUCCCGGUUGCAUGCAAGAAGGUAAGAUCAGAAAAUGGUGUUUUAAAUUCUGAACUUGAGCUCGAAACUCUCACACUGUUUCACCACAAAACAUCAAAAGGAAGUGGUCCCAAUUCUAGCAAUGCAAAUGGUUCCCAGGAUUCAACCAUGUCAAGUCAAGGUCAAACAACAACAAACCUUUUGUCUGCACUUGUUACAACUAAAGAAACACAUCCUCCAGCCACCCCACCUUCAUUUGACGCUUCUGCCCUUGAGAAAUCUUUGCCUCCUGGGUACAUGGAGCUUAUACGUGACAUGGAGAACAAGAUCCGAGAUGUUUCAAUGGAGAAGGAUGCCUUGAAGAUUGAAUUGAUGCAGGCUCAGACAACAAUCAACGUUCUUCAUUCUCACAUUGAUCAGUUGAGCAAGGAGAACACUGAAUUGAAGAGGGGCGUUUAG